AUGACGGCCGAAACUGUCGCCGCUACCUUCCUCACGGCAUGGAUCUCCCGAUUCGGCGUUCCGUCUGAGGUUACGGACCGCGGCAGACAGUUUGAAAGUGCCCUCUUCUCCGCCUUCACCAACUUGCUCGGAACUGCCCGGGUGCGGACGACAUCGUACCAUCCCGCAUCCAACGGCAUUGUCGAGCGCAUGCACCGUCAAUUAAAAGCUGCACUCAUUGCCCACGAAGACCGAACGCACUGGUCGGCCCACCUCCCCAUCGUCCUUCUUGGACUCCGUGCCGCGCUCAAGCCUGACCUUGGUGCCAGCCCGGCGGAGCUCGUCUACGGCAGGGCCCUGCGCCUGCCCGGAAAAUUUUUCGCCUCUUCAAACCAGUGUAGCACAUCAUCACACUUCGUGCGGCACCUUCACGACUUUUUCAGCUCCAUUCGUCCCGUCCGGCCUCGCCCAUCCUCGUCAUACAGGCCCUAUAUACGUUCCAUAAGACCUCCAGAGCGCCACCCACGUUUUCGUUCGCGCUGA